AUGACACGAUGGCCACGGCCAUGGCGGGGGGAAACCUUCCUCUUCCUCCUCCUGAGCGCAUGUGGUCCCUCCUUCGCCGCUGCCGAGAGGCCUCAGAAGGCGGAGGAGUGGAUCCGGAAGCGGCGCAGCUCCGCCGCGGCCUUGCACCUCGAGGACGGCACCAACGCUUCUGAUUCGGCCAAGGAUGGCGCCAAUGGGUCUGAGUCGGCUAAGGAUGAGGCCUUUGCGUAUGCGGACACGACCGGUCAGAUCGCGAAGCUCAAGAAGGAAACGAAGGAGUACGAAGAUCAAGUCAAGGGCCCGGUCGUGGACACGGCCGACAUGUGGCUUCAAGAGAACACACGCCACGAGGAGUUUGUGAAGGAGCUGAGUCACGGAAUGGACAUCGAGAAGCAAUUGGUCCACAAGUUGCGCACGGAGGCAAAGAAGAACGCCGAGGAGAAGAUGAAGAAGGCGGAGGCGGAAGCGGAUGUGGCGUCGAACUCCACCGAAAAGAAUUCCACUCAGGAGAGCUCUGCGGAAGCAAACUCCACGGAGGCAAGCUCGUCAGGCGGCGAGACAGGUCAAAGCAAUGCGACAUCAAGUUCAAAGUGA